AUGCCUUCCAAUACAUAUAUGCAGGGCGUCGCUAUCAUCACGGGGGCGGCAUCCGGUAUCGGCCGUGCAACCGCCCAUACCUUCGUUCAAGAAGGAUGCAAAAAAUUAGUCCUAGGAGAUAUAGAUUACGAAGGCCUUCAGAAAGUUGCAGAGGAACUUCAAGCGCGAGACUCCACAGUGAGAACACUAAUCUGUGCCGUGGAUAUAGCAUCGGAAGUCCAGGUAGAUGCUUUCAUCGAAGCCGGGGUGAAGGAGUUUGGUGCCAUUCAUUAUGCCGUGAAUAAUGCUGGAUUGACUAGUAAGCCAAGAGUGAGAACUCACGAGCUUCCCACUGCGUCUUGGGAUCAGGUAGUUUCGGUCAAUCUGCGCGGGACCUGGUUAUGUGAGCGGGCGGAGUUGCGGCAGAUGAUGAAGCAGAACACAGAUCUGAAGACCAGGACCGGCUCACCGUCGCAACGAGGGGGAAUUGUCAACAUUUCUUCCCUGUUCGGAAUCCUCUCUCAUCCUACGACUGGUGCUUAUUCUGCGACAAAAGCUGGAGUCAUCGGAAUGACCAGAACGGAUGCAUUGGCAUACGCCGAAGAAGGGAUUCGAGUCAACAGCGUCUUACCAGGCUUUGUGAAAACUCCCAUGGUGGAAGAGUCCAUUCGACGAGGAGCAAAUUAUGAGGAAAUCGUCGCGAGCAUUCCAAUUCGCCGCUGGGGUCAUCCGGAAGAGGUUGCAGAAGCCAUCGUUUUUCUCGCAAGUGAAAAGGCUAGUUUGAUCAAUGGCGUAUCUCUCGUGGUGGAUGGUGGGAAACAGUAUAGCGCAUAG